GGCGGGCGGUGCCCCGCGGCGCAGGCCCGGGCCGGCAGGGGGCGCCGGCCGGCGGAAGCGGCGCAAGCGGAAGCGGUGCCGUUUCCAGGUAACGGCGGCGCUGCCGGGGCCGGUUCCGGUGGCGGGGCCGGUUCCGGGGCGAUGAGCGGCGGGGCCGGGCGGCGGCGGCUGGUGCUACACGUGGACCUGAACAACACGGUGGUGGCAGCGGACGCGGUGUCGGGGCAGGGCCCGCGGGCGGCGCUCAACACCUUCCUCAGCACCGUCACCUGGGGCCGCGCCGGGGCCGCCGGAGAGUGGCAGUGGGCGAGCGACCGGCCCUCCCUGCGCCCCCCGUGUCCCGACUCCUUCAGCUACUACAGCCGCCACGGCCGGGACCCCGCUUUCACCGAGGCCGGCCCGGGCCGGUGCUUCGGCGGCCUCCACGCCCACCACCUGCAGCUGCUGGAGUGGCCGGGCCGGCAGCACGACGUGUUCUCGGUACAGGGGGAACCGAGCAAGCGCUACCACCUGAUCCUGCCCGCCUUCUUCCGCCUCCUGGACACCCUGCACCGGGAGGGGAGAGCAUUCGCCGUCGUCUUCAGGACCUUCGGCACAGACCUGCCCCGUGCCCUCCGGGCCGUUAGCUGUGCCCUGGCCGGGCAGCACCCCCAGUUCCCUGCCCUGCGGGAUGUGGCGCUCCCUGUGGACCUCACCCCUGGCCAGAUACGCUGUAGCAAGCGAGAGGUGGUGCUGACAAGGGGAGCAGAGCGGCUGGCCACCCGGGAAGAUGGAAGAAAGCUUUAUGACUACUUCAGCUCCUUUGAGGGAAUUGGAGGCUUCCAAGACCACUUUGACUGGUGGGCCAGAAAUCAGUUCUCUUCCCGGGGUGGGAAGCCUCUGUGGAUCGACCCCCAUGAUCCUGGUGUUCACCACAUCUUCAUUGACGACAACAUCCGUCUGGAUGAUGCGGAUACCAUUGUUCAUCCCCAGCCUCGGGCUGUUUCCCUGAUCAAGGAGCUCGCUCUUUUGCCAUCUGUAGCCAGCACGGCUGGUCACUCAGGCUACAUGGCUUGUCUCAGGGCAGCUGUGCAGCCAGCCCCGGGGUUCCCCCACACCGGAUCAGACAGCUCUGCGGUGUCCCUGGUGUCAGUGACAGAGCAGCACUGGGAUGGAAACAGAUUACCAGGUGGCCUUCAGCAGAGCCAUGGUAAAGAUCAGAAGGUGAAGUCCCUGUUCCCUCCUGUGCGACAGGCUGUGGCAGCCAAAGGAAGAGCUGUUGGCAGAGGUUUACCUGGGGUUGGCUGCUCUGCAGAGCCGUUUUCUUCCAGCUGUGUGGUGUGGCCCGUUCCUUAGGGGGAGGCCCAGCCACAUCUUGUGACAAGCUGGUUCUGAGCCAAAGGGGCUUUGUGGGAGGGAGGGGAAAUCUGGAGAAACCUCACCUUCUGCUGCUGGAGCAGAAACAGGACCUGCUGCCCUCUGCCACUGACCCACAGCCAGCAUGAAGGCGCCUGGCCGAGGAGGAGGGCAGGGUGCACCGCAGGGUGCAUACGCCACUGCCCAGCUCUGCGCUUGUGCCCUGGCGCCGCUGCCCGCAGAGGAUGUGAGUGCUUCUGUGCACUGCUCUCUCCCUGCAGGUGUUUUCGGAGCAGGGCAGCAGCAGCCCCAGGCACGCUCCCACCUCAGAGCUGUAUGACGUUUGCCUGGUGCAGACCGACCUGCUGGAGGCCAUUGCCGACGAGGACUAUUUCCUGCACUGCGUGAGGAGGUGUGAGGAGAACUACGACCGCUACCUGGCCCGCACGGAGAAAGACACCCCGAGCCCGCAGUGGGAUGGACAGUGAUGCCACCUCACAGGGCUGAGGGGCUCUGGACUGGGACACCCCUGGCGUGCAGGCCAAGUCCCAGGCUGGGCUCCUGCUUCGAGCUGUCCCCUCUCCGAUGCAUGACGUACCCGCUCGGUCCUACCAGGAGCCUCCAUGCCUGAGCAGAAGUGUCCUGGGAGCUUGUGUGACGGGAUCCCUGGAGGAAACGGCUUUCCUUUCCUCAGCAGCGUGGUGGGGAGCCACCCACCUGGCUGGUGGGGCAGGGGCAACGCAGGCAGCCACGCAGUGUUCACACUCCCUUCUUGCUCCCACACCGGUGGCUGGUGCAGAGCGGGUGCCGGGGUCAGCGCAGUGUUACCGGUGGCAUGCCCAAGUGCCGUUUGUGCUGUGGUGUUUUCCUUGGCAGAGCUAGCAAUGCCGUGUCACUUCUGCCUGUUUUUAAAGCAAACCUUUCUAGCUUG